AUGCCUUCGCAACCGUCAGCAGAAGAGGUCGCAUCCUCACUCUUAGCAACCGAAGGUCUGCACUUUAGAUCCAUUGAUAUUUUGCAAUCGCUAUGGGCAGGCUACGGCCAAAUUUGCCGCAUCACAGCUACCCCAAAUGCGUCACCAAGCUCAUCAGGUGCAACAUCAAGAACAGCAUCGACGACGACUUCUAGUGUGUCCACUCCGCAGGAAGUCCAGUCCUACAUACUGAAACUCAUCACGCCUCCGCCGACAAAAGCAAACAAUGAAGGCCACACACGCAAGAUCUUGAGUUACCAAGUUGAACAGUACUUUUACACCAACCUGGCACCCCAACUACCACCCCGCAUCCCCGUAGCGAAACACCUAGCAAGCAUAUAUGAGCCACAGUCCGAUGGAAGCGUAUCAAUGGCCAUGAUCAUCACCGACCUCAAGCAAGCCUACCCGGUAGCAGGUGAGAAGCGAGAUGUCCUGAACAGCGUUCAAGUUCAUGCUGCAGUCGACUGGCUGUCCUCGUUCCAUGGCUUCUGGUGGCCGCGCAUCCCUAGUCUCGACCGCACCAAGCUUGUUCGCCCACCAUUGCAGGAAGUUAAAGCCGACGGCCAAGACGCGCGAAACAAGACAGUGUGGCUGAAUGGCGGGUAUACGUACCUUGCCACACGCCGCUCCGAGUACGCAAGCCUCGCAGCUGAUCACGAUUCAGAAUGGUGGUCGUUGACGGACUGGGAGAAGGAUGAAUUCUCUAUCGCAGAGCUCGUCGCGAGUGUGCUGGAGCCGAAGCAAAGCGGAUGGUCACCCAUCGAGGAGUACACUACGCUUAUCCAUGGAGACGUAAAGAGCGAAAAUCUGUUUACGAGCAAAAGCGGAGAGGAAGUCGUCUUUUACGACUUUCAGUAUGUUGGACUCGGACUGGGCGUAUGCGAUUUGGCGAAGUUGUUCACUUGCUCAGUGCCACUGGAAAUGCUUGUCGACGAUAGACCAGUACCGCGAGAACUGGCGAUGCAAGACGGCGAGAAGAACUUACUCGAGCGGUAUUGGGUAACGUUGAAGAAGGAGUCUAAAAAGGAGUACGAGUGGGACAUCUUUGUGAAUCACUGGGAGACUGCAUUGGUAGAUUGGUUGAGGUUUCAGGCGAGCUGGGGCUUCUGGGGUAAUACGGAGUGGCUGGAGGCCAGAGUGCGAUUCAUAUUGAAAAACGAAAAGUGGAGGGAGGCUGUUGCAGGGAACGCGAAGAUGGCUGGACUGUGGAGUACCACUGAUCUUCCAUGA